AUGAAUAGGUUAUUGAUAGGCUUGCUAUUCUUGCAAUUUGUCUCGAUUAUCGAUGCUUUCUACGAUUGUCCUCGCGAAUUGUGUGAAACAUGCCUCUCGACGCAGAUUCACGAUGCUCCCGGGAUUGGCUUUGACCUGACUCCGUCAUAUGGAACAGCAUCUGUACAUUACUAUAACGGGACUGUCGUUGAAGUAGCCCAUAUCCAAGGAAAUCCCGAAUACCUUGAGCUUAUGAUGCGACUUGCACGCGAACCCAGGCGAGGGUUCGACAGACCCGAGAAAUCUCGCUAUGAAAUUAUUCCUUCCCGGUUCUCCCUAUCUGAUACCACUUCAUGGGGCGCUUGGUGGCGUUGGCUUAACAAGAAGCUCGGUCGCCCGAUCAAAGCCCACGGCGAUGUUGAACUCAUCAGUGAAUUACUACGAGAACUAAAAGUUUCUACCGAAAAAGAAAUAUCACAACCACUUGACAGAGUUGCUGUUACGACCCCGGAUAUCGGCUCCAUCAGUGAAAUUGUCAACGCUGCCCUCGGAGACCUGAACCUACGCACAUGGGUAGGCGACAGCGGUUAUUACCCCAAACGCUUGGUGGAGGCCGAUGCUGUUUAUGCAGCAAACGGAUAUGGACUCUGUGCAAACUACCAGAAUCUUUGGGAAUGCUCAGACGAGUUUGAUGAAUGGUCCAUUACCCAAGUCUUCACUAUCUUCUACAGUCGACAUCUUCUAUACACCAGCAUCAUAGCCCCUAUCUCUGGCGAGGCUUUAACUCGAUUCACUUGGGACGAAGCGCAGCUUCUGGAUUUUGAAGUCGGGCUAGACCAUAUUCUCCAUACAAAUGGUUCUCAGGAUGCACUAUGGUCCCGUAUUCGUUCGCAACUAUUGGUCCUACCUCGAGAGUACCCGGGUUCUCUGACUCAUAUUCUUCUGGCUGGGGAGAGUAUCACCCACCCGCAAUUUUUAGCCAUUUUGAGAGAUGCCCUGGCUGAAAUGAUGCCUAUAUUGUCCGUGAAUCUUCAAACGGAUAUCCCAAAUGAUACAGAUCCUGCUAUUGUGUCUAAUAUCAUCGAUCCAACAUUCGCAGCCUCGCGAGGUGCCGCACUUUUUGCUCGAAGACGACAAGAGGUACAGGCCCACUGUACUGAGCCCUUCAAAUGCGAAGUGGCAAGGAAAAGAGAGCGAAAAGGCCCUCCACUGAAGGUUGAUCUACGUUAA